CUAAAAUUGCCUGCGUUCGAAUGACAAAACAAAGCUACGUACCUCCGAAAAAAAAAAUUCAGGUAGGUACAUCCAUACCGUUGCUGCCUUGGUACAUGUUAUAUGUACCUAAGGCAACUGGCAGGCUCUACCGAAUUGGAUCCACGGCUGAUUCUGACUUGACUGUACAUCUUCAACUUCCUCUAUCCUGUCUAUUCACUACAUAUUCCCUUCAUCUUAUCCAUCCUCCAUUCACUUGGCAUUUUCUCCUGCCACCUUGCAGCUUGUCUUUUUUGAAAACAUAUUCAUCUUGCAACCCUGACUAGAAGUUGCGCACUUUUCUGGAAUAAUAUUUUCCAUCUUUAUUUUUCCUUUACAUUUGAUACGGGCGCGACAUUCGAUUCGUCUGUCAAUAUCUUGAUCCAAAUCAGCCUUCGUCUCUCGACCAUCUCAUCGUCUUCCAGUACAUUCCUCGAUUCACCGAUGCUUGUUUAUGAAGCAUAGCGCAAUAAUUCACGACUUACGACGUCUUCGAUAUUUGUCGAAGCCCGCUAGUUAGAGGGUGCUGACUUCUGACUUCUGACUUCUGACAUCGCCACUAUGAGUGCAACACCCUCGCCCUCUGGUGGCCCCAACGGCCAGAAACCAACACCUCCUCCUGGCGCGCCACCGCUGCGAAGGCCACGAAAUACUGCGAAUCCCCUCGUUCCAAGAAAGAAGCCCACAACCCGACCACCCCCUUCGACCCUUGCUAGAGGUUCUACACCAAAUGCUGCACCGCGACCUGUCGGUAAGCCGCAGCAAUUCCAAGCCCAGGGCAAGCCGGGGCAACUGAACUUCGAUGUAUUGCGUACACAGAAUGGCGGAUGGUCUCAGCCUACCCCCCCUGGCGCCCAAGAUUACCCUCUUUAUGUCACAAAGAAGUCUCUGAAGGAAGGAUUACGCUUCCAUGUUAUGCGAUUCGCCCCGCAUGGCGGCAAACUCGCAAAGCCUAAUGGUCCUGGAGUUGACCCUACUAAUCAGGAUGAGUUUACUCGCCCUGUUACGUUGCACCGACGCGAUCCCAGACAACCGCCGCCCGGUCGCGAAGUGAAAGAGGAGGCUCCUAUCGAGGAGGACACGGUCGAUACUGCUGAAGCUGAAAGACUUGCGCAGGUGAAAGCAGAGAGGGAAGCACAACGCGCAGCUGAUAAUGCCCAGAAGGCGCCGGUUGUUAAGGAUGCAAACCCGAAGGCUAAGCAGCAGAAAGAACAGAAAAAGCCUGGCCUACAAAUUCACUACGCACCCCGUACCGAAGAGCAGAAAAAGCAAGCCGAAAUUCGAUAUGAGGAGGCGCUGCCAUGGCACUUGGAGGAUGCCGAUGGAAAGAAUGUUUGGGUUGGCCAGUAUGAAGCACCUUUGUCUGACUGCAAAGUCGCUUUCAAGAUUCACAACGGGGGAUUUCGCAUGAUACCUCUGGAAAAAUGGUACAAGUUUCAGUCAAAACGUGGAUCAUUCAAAAUAAUGUCCAUUGAGGAAGCGGAGAAGGCCAUGAACAAGAAGGUCGCCCUUGGUCGUUGGGCGGUAAGAGAUACUCAGCGUCAAGAAGCAGAGAGGGCUAUGGCAGAGUCUCGAGCUAUUGUUAACGGCCGCGUGGCUGUUAAACAAGAAAGCGGUACAUUCAAGCAAGCUUCACGCCAGGAGAAAAUGGACCAUGAUGACAUUGACGUUUCGGGAGACGAGUUCCAGGAUGAUGAUGAGACUGCUGGAUACGAACCUGACCGAGACGAGGACACCAAGCAUGCCAAUAGUCGAAUCCGCCGCGACCAGCUCAAUGCCAAUCUUUUCGGUGACGCAGACGAGGUCAAGGUCGAGAAAGAAGAAGACGAGGAGAAGAAGGAAGAGCUGGAGCGAAAGCUCUUUGGGAAAUCCCUUAAGAAGGCUUUAAAGCGACGUGAUAAACAAUUCCAGUACGAUAGCGACUCCUCUAAAGAGAGGGACCCCUUUGCUUCCUCAGACGACGAGUCAGAUUCCGAUUCUGAAAACGAGAAGGAUGAUGAAGAUAAGAAAGCCGAGAAGGAUAAAGACAAAGAUGCUGGAGUGUCAUCUAAGGGAACUAAUACCCCCCAAGGGAAAAAGGCAGCUGCCGAGGCAGCAAAGAAGGGCAAGUCUCUCAAGCGAGCCGGGUCUCCAUUGGGUUCGGAUUCUAGUGGCACUGAAUCUACCCGGAAGAAGAAGAAGACUACACAUGAUAGUCGCGGAAAUACCCCAUUACCCCGCCGCGGGAAGCCUGGUGCCGGCUCUACUAGCGAUGGUGAAGGCACGGCUGGUGAGAUGUCGGACGGUGCAGGAGGCAAGAAGAAGCGGCUUGGCCCGUCAGCUGCAGGUGGGAAACACAGCGCAAAAGGCACCCCCGCGGGAUCCCGAGCCGGCAGUCCCGCCCCGGCCCAAGGAGCUGCCACCAAAGGGUCAUCAGGUGGUACUCGAGCUGGUUCUCCCAGUGCUCCUGCUCAGAGCUCGACAUCGGGAGGAAUCGCAGACCCUAUCACUGCCCAGGAGAUUAUCGAUGCCCUACCACCGCUCCCUCAAGGUAUUACUAUUGUCCUACUCCUGAAGAAAUUCCAGGAUCGUCUAGAUAAACCUGGGUUUAUGCAGAGGAAAGACUGGCUUAAGUUGGUGAAAGAGAAUGCCAACUUCAACACAGCCGAGAAACUACUUCGCCGGAAGGCUUAGAUCGCUCCCCGGGAUGGGGUAAUCUUAUCCUACAGUUCAUCUGCGGGAAGUGUUAUACUGAACAGGAUUACAUUUUAUGGUUUUUGCGGCCCCCAAAUCGUUACCCUAAAUCUGUAGAGCUUGAAGGGAUGCGUUGCGUUAGAUGCAGCAUCAUGCCGAUAGUGAAUGAGAGGUCGGAGGGGGUUUAUCUCCGCUGCUGGAGACAGGAUCGUUAUGGAAAGGGAGUGGGUUAGAUAGUAUGCCCCCUAGAUUUCCUGCAAAUAUGCCUUAGGGUCUCAUAUCAUUUCAUUUCUGCACAAGGGCUGGCAUGCCGACAAAAAUGGACUACAGGCCAAUCCGUAGAGAUUAUGCU